GUGCAGAGGCAUCGUGAAUUACACAGGGAUUGUUUUGCUAGAUAUGUCAGCCUAUAAAGGACAUCUCUCUCUUCUUUAAAAUCUUCUUCAAAAUGUCCUUUCCCAACAGCUCUCCUGCUGCUAAUACCUUUUUAGUUGACUCUUUGAUCAGUGCUUGCAGGGGUGAUAGUUUCUAUUCCAGCAGCAAUAUGUACAUGCCGUCCAGCACAGAAAUGGGAACUUCUGGAAUGCAAACCUGUGGACUACUGCCGUCUCUUGGUAAAAGGGGAGAAUUUAACCACCAGAAUAUGGGCAUGAAUGUCCAUUCUUAUGUACCUCAGAUAGAUAACUGGGCAGAUCCGACCAGAGCGUGCAGAAUAGAGCAACCCGCCACCCAACAGAUGCCCACGUGCACUUUUGCAACUAAUAUAAAAGAAGAAAUUACUUGCUGUAUGUAUUCUGACAAGAGAGCAAAGGUCAGCUCUUGUGAAAUUCCCGCCUACACGAGCCUGAUACCCGAAUCCUGUCCUGUUGAUAAUCCCGAAAUCCCCGUCCCGGGGUAUUUUAGACUGAGCCAGUCCUACGCAUCCGGGAAAACACAAGAGUGCAGCCACGCUUCAGAAACGGGCUCAAACACAAGUCUGCAGUUGACUCGAAUUCAUUCCAAAUCUUCUCAUGCUGAAGCGGAAAAGAAAAUAAUUGAAAUUCCCAGUACCCGAGAUUCAUCGAGGACCCCCCAUCCUGUAGAAAGCGUAGAACCAAAGUCGAGUUCACAAAAUGAAAAUAACUGCUCUGCUGAAGCCUCUGACUCCAGCCCAGGAGUACCAGACAAGGAAACGAAAGAAUGCAAAACAGAUAAACCAACAAGCAACUGGCUAACUGCGAAGAGCGGUCGAAAGAAAAGGUGCCCCUAUACCAAACACCAAACACUGGAAUUAGAAAAGGAGUUUUUAUUCAACAUGUAUCUUACUCGAGAGCGCCGUCUAGAGAUCAGCCAAAGUGUGAACCUCACCGACAGACAGGUCAAGAUUUGGUUUCAAAACCGCAGAAUGAAGCUGAAAAAGAUGAGCAGGGAGAACCGAAUCCGUGAAUUAACCGCGAAUCUGACCUUCUCGUGAGCACAAACGGGCACAUUCAAGCUGUACGCCAUCAGAGGUGCACUGAGGACUAAAAUAAUAUUUGUGGGGGUUUUUUUUUUUUUUUUUUUUACACAUUGGAUACUGUGACUUUCAUUUGUCACUUGGCACUUUUGUCAUUUUUCUCUCUGUAGUUUGUUUUGGGAAUUUAAAAGUGACGUGUACAAUUAUUUAAAUAUGUUUUAAUGCAGGGUAUGGACUGGUUUUGUCUCUUAAAUUAUUGAAAUGUUAUAGACACCCAUACUGUUUUUGUUUUGUGUUAUUUACCUCAAUAUUGUAGCGGUAAUGACCAGCUGUACACUGUUCACAAAACUGUACAUAUUAUAAUCACUUUAAUGUUGCAAAACAUGAAUGAAAGCACAUGUUUAAUGUAUGUAUAAAAUCGCAAUUAAAUGCGUAACUCAUAUAAAUGUACCCAUUGUUUUUUAGAAUAGAAAUAUCACUUCAUUUGGUGUUAGUUCUUCAGAAGAUUUAGAAAUAUCCCAUUAUAGUAUAUGUGGUAUUAUGGAUGUGACUCUGAUGCAUGUUCUGUGGCAUGAAAA